CUUUUUCCCGCAGCUAACGACCGAGCCCAAAAAGAACAAGACGCGAUCCAAUCAUCACCACUCGCCCAGUCGCCCUAGCUAGCUAGCUAAGAACUCCAGCGCCGAUCGAGAGCUACCUAGAUCUCUCUCUCUCUCUCUCUCUCUCUCUCUCUCUCUCGAGCGGGGUCGGGCAAAUAAUAAACGGAACAUCUGGCCAUGGCGUGGAAGAGGAAGAACGGCAGCGCCAGCGGGUCGCCCGCACGCGGGGCCGGCGCCGGCUACGAGGAGGCGGAGAAGGUCCCGAGAGGCCACGUCCCGAUGCUGGUCGCUGGCGGGGACGACGACGGCGAUGGUGGCCAGCGGGUGCUGGUGCCGGUGCGGCUUCUCAGCGACCCAUCCAUCGCGGAGCUUCUCGACAUGGCGGCGCAGCGGUACGGGUACGGCCAGCCGGGCGUGCUGCGGGUGCCCUGCGACGCCGGCCACUUCCGCCAGGUCCUCGACGGCGCCAUGCACAGAUGCGGGAUCAGCUUGGCGUGAACAAGAGAAGGAGAUUGAGUGGCUGCUAGCUGAUCAAGCUGAGCACUGAGGGGAUUAAUUGUUAAGACACGCACCCCUCCGGCCCGUGUGGCGACCAAGCUAGCUUGUAGCCUUGUACGUACACACAGAUAAUCCUAGCUAGCUGAUUGGUUUGUUCUUCAAUAUAUUGGUUGAUUUGAUCCAUUAUUACAUUCAUUUCUGUAUAUAUUUGAUGAUAGAAGCAGGUUGACUUA